CAUUGCCAAUAAAGACUCUGGGCAACAAAGCCUCAUCUUCCUGUGGUGACCAGCACUGACCAAAGGUGGAAGGUCUAGGGCAAUUGACUUCUGCUUCUCAACAGCACUACAGAGGAGGUCCCAGGUCACACAAAACUUGGUCCAGGGCUACAGAGGGCAGGCAGUACCAGAGAAGGGUGACUGCAAGGUUGCAGGGGCAUCCCAGCUGAGCUUUGUGGACUUUCUCCUCAGUUGGAUGAGCCCUUACUCUGGAGGCAAGUUUCAUCCACCAAGAGUUACUAGGAUGGUUGAAGCCAUGUGGAGACCAUAAAAACAGAGAUGGGGGAACAAGGAGAUGCCAUCUCAACUCUGAGUUCCACACCUCCCUGUUCAAACACCACUCUCAAGAAUGGGUUGUUUUCCUCUCUCUGUGUGAGCAAUUCUUUUCUUUUCCUCUCUGAGACCCUCCCAGAGGAGGAUGGCUGCAGAUAACACCUCCUCUGUGACAGAGUUUAUCCUCGCAGGCUUAACAAACCAGCCAGGACUCCAGCUCCCCCUCUUCUUCCUGUUUCUGGGCUUCUACAUGGUCACUGUGAUGGGGAACCUGGGUUUGAUGACACUGAUUGGACUGAACUCUCACCUGCACACCCCCAUGUACUUUUUCCUCUUCAACUUGUCCUUCAUUGACUUCAGUUACUCCUCUACCAUCAUCCCCAAAAUGCUGAUGAGUUUUGUCUCAAAGAACAACAUCACCUCCUACACAGGGUGUAUGACUCAACUCUUUUUCUUCUGUUUUUUUGUCGCUUCUGAAUCCUUUAUCUUGUCAGCAAUGGCAUAUGACCGCUAUGUGGCCAUCUGUAAACCACUGUUGUACAUGGUCACCAUGUCUCCUCAGGUGUGUCUAUUUCUUUUGCUGGGUAUCUAUGGGAUUGGCGCUUUGGAGGCUUUAGGUCAUACAAGUAAUAUACUGUUUCUGACCUUUUGUGCAGACAACCUUGUCAAUCAUUAUAUGUGUGACAUCCUUCCCCUCCUUGAACUCUCUUGCAAUAGCUCUUACAUGAAUAAUCUGGUGGUCUUUGCUGUUGUGGGCAUUGAAAUUGGGGUGUGCAUUGUGACCAUUUUUCUCUCUUAUGGCUUCAUUCUUUCCAGCAUUUUCCACAUUAGUUCUACUAAGGGCAAAUCCAAAGCGUUUAGUACCUGUGGUUCUCACAUAAUUGCAAUUUGUCUCUUCUUUGGGUCAGGAAUUUUUGCAUACCUUAAACCACCUUCUGCUGUACCCCUUGACCAAGGGAAAGUGUGUAGUCUGUUCUAUACCAUUGUGGUGCCCAUGCUGAACCCACUAAUCUACAGCCUGAGGAACAAGGAUGUCAAAUUAGCCAUGAAAAAAACCUUGGGCAAAAUAACUUUCUCUUGAGAAAAAAUUGGAAAUUGAGAAAAAGGAUCAGAAUUUUUAAAUGAGAGUGCUAUUAUUAUUUUAUCAUCAUCGUCAAUAAGGAAUUCAAACUUCGUGCUUUUGGAUUGUAUAUUGAAAGGAAACUUUAACUCUCUUUCCCAAGUGGAUUUAUUCUCUCUCAUCAUCACCCCAACACUUCCUUCUUUAUUGUAUGAAAAUAGUUUCUGCAAUUAUACAGUAUGCAGUAUUGAAUGAUGCUUCAGAAUAAUUUCAUCUAGUCCAAAAAUAUGAAACUACCUGGUGGCAGAUCUGGGACUGAAAUCCCAGCUUGAAUCUCAGUUCAGUUUGUUUCCCUUUAUGCCAUGUUUUCUUGCUUCAUUUCUUUCUGAAAGAUGUCAUUUCACAUGUUAGUUGACCCAGUACAUCUAAAUUAAUAAUGGGUUGACAGUAAUUUCAUGCUACAUGCACAAAAUAAUUUUAAUCCAUCACAUUUUGCAAGAGAAUAGGAGGUGAAAAAUUUUUUUGAGUUGGUCUUGGCAAAAUGAGAAGAUCAGUGUGUGAUGAACUUUUCAGUGUGUGAAUGUGUCCUGUGUUAGGUUUCUCAGAAGGCAAGUAUGGUGACCACCCAGUUGGUGAGUGGAGCACCAGGGAUGUGGGUUAGUGAAUUAAGACUUCCAGGGGAUAGAAAUGGAAUUUUAUAGGGGAGAAAAAUGAUGAGUGAAGGCGGCAUAUUAUUUCAAGGCUGAGACAGAAUUUGGAGUCUCAUUGCAAGGGUUAUCUUGGUUGUGGUCCAAGGUCAUUGGGAGCUGUGCUAUCUGAACUGGUAGUCACUGUCAUGUGUGGUAUUGAGCAACUGAAAUGUGGACAUCCAAAUUGAGACAUACUGCAAGUGGGCAAAGUAAGUGUGACAUACAAACCAAAUCUUUGAAGAAUA